AUGCUGCUGUAUGGACCAUUAAAAAGGAUACCCAGUAUUUGUCGGACACCUGGAAAAUUUGUGGUACCGAAAACAAAACAGCUACAGCAUUUAUGUGUUUUACAGACUAGAUCAUAUUCAAAGGUACCAGCUGAACGGCAAUGCAUUGGUAUCUAUUACAAAGAGAAAAACAUCUUGUGUAGAACCUGUGAAAUAGAUUCCAGAAAUGUUUACAAGAGAUCUAGUCAUUUUUUUGGUCGACAAGUUUAUGGACCAGCCAAGUAUUUUAAUAAAUCAAGUACAUUAUUUAAAAACAGUAUUUCUAAGACAUCGUCUGUAAUUUUUACCGAUGUGAUCACUUCAAGUAUUGUUGUGAGGGGUUACGCCACUAAAUCAGUGUUACCAAGUGAUAGCCGGAAUAAACCGACUCGUAGUGGGAAACACAAUACUGGUAAAGAGUUGCCAGCAGAAAAAAAGCAUUUACAGUCAAGACCAAGGACAAAGAACCCCUCUAGACUGGCUAAAACAGAUCUACAAGAUGUCUUUGUGUGUACUGCAUUUUCUACAGCAAAGCAAUACAACUUGGAACAUUUGAGUUUUGAUUUACAGGCACAUCAGCUUUGUAGAUUGUCACAAAUGCCCCAAGAUGUGCAAGAUGUGCUCCACAUGAACAUUGGUGAUUCAGAGAACGAGGAAACUGAUAAUGAACCUGGCGAAAUAUUCUUUUUCCGAGAAGGAUCAGUUGUCCUCUGGAAUGUAUCUGACUUGAAAAUGAAGAAAGUGAUGCGGAUACUUUCUAAACAUGAGAUUAAUUCAUAUGAGGUUGCGUUAGUGAACUGGGAGAAUGAACAAAUGGCUUACAGAUAUUCAGAACAGGCAACAAAACUGUCUAAAGGUGACAUCAUAUUGAAUUCUGUAAGCAGCAAAGAUCUGACAGUUCUUGAGAAGUUCACGUUUGCAAAUGCACUGGCACUCUCAGUUAAAUUGGCUAUUUGGGAAUAUUCUCUGGACCGAUUUGUCUCCUCCAUUGAAUGGGUUCCUGAGUAUCUCAAAGCUGGUAAGCAAUUGAAAAUGAGUAGAGAAGAUGUCAUGAAGAAAGUGGGUGAACUAAUGCACCUGCGGCAUCUGAUUAACCUCAGCUCUGAUUUGCUUAUGACACCUGAUUUUUAUUGGGACAGAGAGGAAUUGGAACACAUAUUUAACACAAUGUGUAAUUAUCUGAAUAUAGCCAGGAGAACCAAGGUAAUGAAUGAAAAACUAAACCAUUGUUCAGAGAUGGUGGAAUUAAUGAGAACUCACCUAAACGAGAAACAUUCUCUGAGAUUGGAAUGGAUGAUAAUAUUACUGAUUGCUGUUGAGGUGGUCUUUGAAAUAAUUCACAGCACUGAAAGAUACAUGAAGUCUUGGAAAAAACCAAAGGAUACUGUUACUAGAAAAAGAUGUAAUUCUAUUGACUGAAAACAGUUCUAUGAUUGUGAUGCAAACCAUCGGAAAUAAUUUAUUUUCACUGAAUUUUAUUUUCUGAUGUUCAUGACAGUACCAAACUUUAUUUCCCAGGGACUCAACUCAAUGAAAAACCUGGCACCCAUGUUUGAGAAUGUUGUUUUGAGAGUGCCCCUAAACAUGUUUUUACAGUCCAAAAUAGCAUACAG